GGGAAUGUGACUAUCCAUCCUAAAUAGCUGACAAAUUCACUACGAGGAGAUAGCUCCGAAUGGAAUAUAAGGUACCUCUACAGCCUUCAGACCGAGAGUCCUCUCACCUCUCUACUCCAGGAUCUAUGAAACAAGAGUGCAACUGAAUAUUCUCUUGCUUGAUUUCAUAGCAAAUAACAACUGAGCGUCUAUCUUCAACGAAAAUGUUGUUCCUCCCCGUUUUAACCUUCUUCAUGAUCUUGGUCUCCACUGCCCUUAGCCAAUCCGUCGACGGCAUUUCAUCUCGCAGCAUCGGAGUCCUCCAGAUUGUCAACAGUCUAUCCGCCCCAAUUUAUGCCUGGUCAGUGGCCGAUAAAGAAAGCAGCAUGUAUACGCUUUCUGCCAAGGGUGGUACUUACGAGGAAAUAUGGCGUUUGAAUCCUAAAGGGGGCCGCAUCUCUGUCAAAGUGUCAACAAAGCCUGACCUUACAGCGAAGGAUGUCAUACAAUUCGAGUAUGAAAUGAGCGGCGAUAAGGUCUAUUGGGAUGUCUCAUGCGCUGACCUCCACCAACCCUCUGAGUUCACCAAGCGUGGCUUUUCCGUUCAGCCCUCAUCUAAUGACUGCCCCUCCAUCAGCUGCGCUGCCGGUGAUGAGCAGUGUUCUCAAGUUCAUCCUUGGUCAGAAGCAACACAUAGCUGCUCUCUCAUCACGUCCUUGACGUUCCAGCUUUAAAGCCACCGAUACCAUGUGAUGGAUUGGAGAGUGACUUCUUCUUUGUCUUUACUUUUCGCCAAAUGGCUCUGAAUACGACUAGGGUUAUAGUUGACCUAAAUCCGGAUGGAGGGACGAGACCUUGUCUCUGGAAGAUACGCGUUGAGCGACGUAUCUUGAAUGAACAGUUGCUGAAUCAAGUAUGACUUUCCAUUGGCAGUUGAGUAGGCACCUAAAUUAAGAGACCUACAUCCACAAAGAUGC